UGAUAGACUUCUAUCGAAUGUAAUCGUUUGAUAUUUGACAAUCAACCUCAACAAAACUAACCAAACAUUCAAAUUUGACAAGUUAUUAGUUGUAAUCGGACGUAAAUACUCUCGAAAGGGAGUAUUUAGUGUAAAAAUCAUUACGUAUUAUGUUGAAGUUUUCAAGAGAAGCCAAAGUGUAAUAAGGAAUAUAUAAUGUCAGACUCAGAAGAUGACUACAUGUCCUUCAAAUUUACUAGUCAAGAGGAUAUACGACCUAGUCUCUUAGUAAAUAGAGAAAAACGUAAACAUGAAAUAUUCAAAAAGAAGUUGGAGACGCCUUGUAAACGGCAAAAAACUUUAGGAGAGUUGGAGCAAGAAAAUAGAGAAAAGGGUCUUACCACUGCAAUAUCAAAUGAAAAUAAAGGGUUCCGAAUGCUGGAAAAGAUGGGAUAUAAGUCUGGCGAAAGUCUCGGCAAAUCAAGAUCAGGCAUCAAAGAGCCAAUUGAUAUUGUCUUAAAGCAGGGCACUUCAGGAGUUGGACGGGAAUCUCACACCAAGGAAAUGAUAUCUAAAAGACAACAGCUGAAAAUAAAGAACCUUAAACAUUUCGAGACCCAGUUUCGGCUAGCCAAUAAAGAAAGAAAAAAUUUGGCUCAAAUACGCAAGGACUUUUUUAAAGUCCAAAAAAUAUGCGAAGAACUAGAUUUCAGAAAAAAAGUCAAGGAUCCAGUAGAAGAAUUUUUUUGGACCAAAGAAACAAUAAAAAAGCGCCGAAAAAUUGGUAAAGAGUGCCUGUAUACAGAUACUGAUAGUAGCGACGAAGACGACGAGUUUGAACAGUUUGUAACCGAAGAAAAUUUAUUCGCAAUAAUUGAUUAUAUUAGAAGUCAGUAUCUCUAUUGCCUCUACUGUGCAAUAUCAGCUAUUGAUAUUGAGGAGUUGAACGAGAAUUGCCCUGGUCCCUAUCGUAUGGAUCACGAUGACGAAGUGGAUUAAAUAUUAGCUGUACUAUAAUUAGUUCAGUAAUGAAAUUAAAUUGAUUAAUUUUUCAUUGUUAUUUGUUUCAAAGGUUUUCAGUUUCUUUGUCAAUCAACGUUCUGAAGAUUGAAAUAUAAAUAACAUCCGAA